ACGUCAUGCCUCACUCUCAUAGCCCUGAGCGACCUUUUGAGGAUGUCUUUGAUCCGAAGAUCCAUCUUGCCUAUUCACCUCCACAGAAGGUAUACUCCCUUGCGGACCUGAAACUCGAACCUCGUGACUUUUCUACCCCAAUCGCUGCAACAGCCCCUUUCUCUCUACUGAGUGAAGAGGGCGUUCUGGCCUACCGCAGAGCAUUCUUUGCACCAGAAGUCUUGAACGAGUGUGCCGUCUCACCCUACCUCAACACUCUGGUCGUCCGCGAUGCCGCAAGGAAAUCCAAAUUCCUUCACGACUUUUGGAAUCACCCAGAGACGCUGGGCAUCUUGUCUGGGUUGAUGCAAGUACCACUGGUACCCAUUUUCAAGAUCGAAGAGGGUUUCGUCAGUGUCCAGACCAAUGCUUCAGAGGAUAUAGAAGCUAUGAAGAAGGAGGUCAGUGUUGAGCCUGACCAUCGGGUCAUCGAGUUGAGCGAAGAGGAAAGAAACACUGACCCACUCAAGUUUGGGUCCAUCAUCCCCUGGCAUCACACUGAAGGUAUGGUCGGUGGUGAGACGUUCAUCAAGUGUGGCGAUGGAACCAUCGCAAAGGUCGAGGGACCUACAUAUGGUUGUGCCUACAUCAUCCAAGGUGAACAUCUGGCUUCCAGAGGCAAGGGAAUCAAGGAGAGGAUCGCAAGCGUGGUGUCCCUUCGCGCCAACGUUGACGGAUUUUACGACAUCAGCUAUACCACCAACACUCGCCCGAUGACCAACACCCCGGAUCUGCACCGCGAGUGGGCCGAGUAUCGUCUGCAGGUCUUGAAGAAAGAGAUCGAAACCACACUCGAGAAAGUCAAGAGCAAUGACAUCUCCACCGAAGACUUUCACACCUUUGCCAAACGGCAGGUCAGCUACAUGCAACAAACCUACCGACAGAUGGUUCCAAGAAGUUUGAUCGACAAGAUCAUAAAAGAGCAUGGUAACUACGCUUACUACCAUGGCGACAGGAUUUGGGACGACAUGCGCAAGCGCGGGGGCUUUGAAGAAGCGCUUGCAGCUGCCCGAGAGAAUGAAGAUACCUGGGAGUUGGGUCGCGAUUUUGAAGGCGAUCUGGCAACGUCGAGGUUGGCUUUGAAGAGGGGACAGAUCCUGCAAGGCCAACUUGGCAGGGUGCUUCCCCGUGAGAUUGCAUGGCAGAAGUAUUCCAUGGGCGACGAGUUACUUCGUCAAGGUCAGCGCGAGUUGUUCUUGGAGUGGAGUGACUACUUUGGCUUUAACAAAUUGGUUCAUUCGAAAGUU